AAUGCAUCAAUAGCAGAUGAGAACCAAUAGCGUGCGACAUCCUGCCGAAGAAGAAAAAAAAAAAAAAAAAAAAAACGUUCUAUUGAAAAAGACGUGAAGCGAAGCGGAGAGCAAAAAAUCACCGGCAGCGGGGCCAGCGUCUACAACAAAAGCCUCGCAGAAAACUGAAUGAGAGAGCACAUUUUGACCUCAAGCCACUGAGUGAACAGACGUUAUCAGCCAGUGUCGCAGACAAGAAGCGCAGAUGGACACCAGGAACACCACGGAAGAGAAACCUGUCCAGCGAUCUAAGUCCUUCAGCUUUAAGACCCCAAAGGAAGUGUGUUCAUCAUGUGAGAAGACGGUCUACCCAAUGGAGAGAUUGGUUGCCAACAACCUGGUCUUCCAUUCAACAUGCUUCUGCUGCAAGCACUGCAACGCCAAACUUAGCCUUGGCACCUUCGCAGCUCUUCAAGGUGAAUUUUACUGUAAACCCCACUAUCAGCAGCUGUUCAAAAGCAAAGGCAACUACGACGAGGGCUUCGGACGCAAACAGCACAAAGAGCUCUGGGCCUCCAAGGAGACAGAUAAUAUAACAAAGACGGCAUAACACCUCCAAUACAUCACAAUGAACAUAUGUCUCAUAUGCUGGGGCACAGUUCAAUCACCCUACCGCUCACUUGCUUUUUAAAUGCCAUCAGAACAGAUACAUGCACAAACAGCUAGAAAAUGACUGGCCAGUCAUAAUCCAUACCACUUAAAAUGUAAUUGUGGGGAUUUAAGGUUAAAUUUAAUUGAUAUCUGUAUUUUAUUUUCAAUCUCAUGUUUGGAAUUCGGGAGUUGAUUGUGACCAAAAGCCUUCUCUGGUAUGGGGAGUAUAAUAAUCACUUUUUUUUUUUAUUCUUUUAAAAUAAUUUGCACCCUUUUUAUUUUUUUGAAUAAUUAAACCGUAUGCUCAGGCAAACAUACGAGGGGUUACAGAGCAUACACUCAGGUCAAUUUUCACCCAGGGUUUUAAAAAAAACAAAUGGCAUAGUUUCACUCAUUUUAACAAAACACAAAUCAAAAUAAUAGUCCUCAGUAUUGUGACUUUGCUGUCAGACAGUUAUGUCAGUUUGUUAGGUUAUAUAUAUUUGAGGAACAGACAGGGUACAGAGUACUGUAAAAUAACCGUGCACAUCAGCAACAGCUCACCUCUCGUGUUUAAAGCUUUGUGUUUAGUUUAAUUAUUGUUCGCUUCAUCCCAAGGUUUGUUCUAAUUUCAUCGACCACUGUAAGUCUCGUCCUUGCAUGUUGGGAUGACUGGGUCUUAAUAGCCUUAUCUUAUGACUGUAUCCAUCUUUUGUGUUGUGAAUAAUCUGAUUUGUUUCAUUGAUGCAUAGCAGCUCACUUUUUAAAGUUUUUUUUUUAGAAACACUUGAGUUUGGAUUUUAUUGAUGUUAUGGCAUAAGUUUGAUCCUCUCUGAGCUUUUAUUAAUGGUUGAAAUUUUAAUGGAAUUCUCAGAUUGUGUUUUGUAUACUAUGUGUAUGUAGAGCUGUAGUUUGUGAUUAGUGAACAUUCCCCACCUUACUGUACUCUCGUCUUGCACAUACACACGAUGACCAGACAAGAUGAUCACUGGGAAACUGAGGCCUCGCUCGUAAACAUCCCUCACUCCGUUGGAUGAAACAUCUUAAGAGGAGCUGUAAACAUUUCGUGAAAUUUAAUUACUACAAUUACACUUCUGUCACAAAUGAGGAUGUUGAUGGACGGAGCUUAAGCCUUGCAUGAAAACCACACAACAGUGUUCCUUCGUCAUUUCACCCUUUGUCAGUUGUUGGCGUCUUGUAGUGAUUUUUUCCCUUGCUGUAUUUGAGUGUGUUCAUAUAGCUGGACAGUUUUUAUGGGGGAUGUAGACAGACCCAAUCAGUGUCUUCAACAUCCAUCAUUUUGUUACCACCAGUAAGCGUGGACAGGUUUCUUUUUUAAAUGAAUGCCUUCCUGUUCUCAUCUCCUGUCUUAUUAGCUAAAUGCAUCUUAGCACCUGGACCUAUAUCUUAGUAUUGAAUUUACUUACUGGGGGUGGGGGGGAGGUCACCUGAUGUGCUCCUGCCUGCCGCAUGCAAAACCCAUUGCAGAGCACCCCCUGCUGGGGAAAGUGUGACAGUAGUGUCUAGUGUGUGAGAGAGAAAAAAUAACUUGCCCCUGAACUCAACAUACUGUAGCCUUUAUUCAAAGUUUUUGAAUAUGUUGCCUCCUAACCAGUUAAGACAAGAUUUCCACAUCAAUAUUUUAUUCUAUUCAAAGAAUGAGUCUAAAGCCAUUCAAAUAUCUCAUUUUAGAAAAUGACACUUGAAUGACAAAGUACUUUUGUGACUGAAGGUUUACUGUGAAUUUGAGCAUGCUGUGCAGAAUAGAAAGCUAAAUGGAAACAGAUGGAUAUCUGCUACUUUUUUUUUUAAAGAACUAAUAUCUGCUACUUUUUUUUUAAAGAGAAGCCUUAGAAAUAAAUAGCUAACCUUACUGCUUUUUGAAAAAAUUCCUUUGAGUGCACAGAUCUUUACAAAGAAAUCUCCUGAUCAUGCCUUUAUAAAAACAGACCUGCUUACUCUAGAGCCCCACACUUUAGCAUAGGAUUAUAAUCAACCAGCAGCCAUUUUUCCUAUCUAACCACUUUUUAUCCACAUACAAUGUACAAUAAUUCUGUGUGACAAUGUAUAUUUUAUUUUUUCAUUUUACAGAGUAUUGUAUCUAGAAAUGCUGUCUGUCAUUCUCCGUUAGCAGUUCGCCAAGGUACUGCAGAAUCUGUGAACUGCAACUUUGUGUAGUGUAACAGAGCAGACAAGGUACACUUAACACUGGUGCCAAGAGGCUCAGGUGAAUGAUUGCAGUGUAACGUUGUAAAUGUUAAACCUGUGAGUCAUUUCAUUUUUGUGCUUAUCUUGAUGUGAACUUACUUUUCAAUGCUGUUGUCAUCGAGACAUUUUAAAUGUAUACAUCUUUGAAAAUGUAUUCUGUAUUACAGACUUGACCUGUGGAUUGAGGUGGCCUUACAGCAAAAGAACGCUUGGACUGUUUUCAGUCGUUCUCCUCUAUUCUCUCUUCUCUCUUGUUGCUUAGUUGUGGUACGGAAGUGUAACAUUUUAAAAUGUAAGCGCCCCCCUUUCUACGCUAAUAUACACAAUCAUCCUGUGCAUUUUCUUUCUCUUUUUUUUUUUUUUUUUUUUUUUACAUGCUUUUG